AUGACAAACACAAGACUCCAUGGAAGCUAUAACUCACAAAACACAUUAUUACAACAGAAGGUAAGUGAUUCUCGUGAUCACAAAAUAUGGGACUGUGAGAGUGCUCUCUACGAUUCUUACGAGCUCGUCGCUUUUGCUCACAUCAUCGAACGCAAACUGCUGCCUUUCUCUCCUUCUCACGUUCGGCCGCCCCGUUUGAAUCUACGAGCUGUGAUGGACAAAGAUAAAGAAGAAAACUCAUAUGCUUCUUCUAAGACGACCACAGGUUCUAGUCAACGGAGAAAACAUUGGUGGAAUAGAAAGAAUAAUUACGAAAUUAAGAAAGAAAUCAAGAAGAGAAUGUUACCUAGUUGUUUUUUAUGCUGUACUAAGUCUUAG